AUGGAUCCUGUAUUCCCAUCCAAAAAUUCAGAAUUGUGGACCAAACAAUCGGUUAACUCGUUACAGGAGACUAUAAGAAAAAUAUUGAAAAUCGAAAAUUAUAAAUCACACCAGAACGAUCAUGACAGUAUCACUGACAUUGAUACUGCUGGAAUUAGUGAUCUAGAAGACACUUUCGACCAGCUAAUAGCAUACGAAAAUUCGCAAAGAACUGUGCCGAGUAAAUUUAUGUUUUCUGGUGAGCUUUUCAAUUUGUCGGAGACUGAAGAAGACGAGCAGGAUAAGAACUCGGAACAGCGAUAUCCAGUUGUAAUUAGGACUUAA